UGUUUGUGUUUUGUGGUAAUAACGUGUAAGAUCACGAAAUAACAUGUGGGUUGUUAAUUAUUCAUGACAUUCUUAACGUGGUUGGUGCAAAUUGUAACGCCACGCCUAUUUUGCACAUGUCUAACUUGUGAUUGGACAGCCCGUCCUCUGGUCAUAUCUCUCCAUGCGAUAGCUCACUCGGAAGGCAGCGCUAUGUGUUAUGGGAAAUAUAGUUUAAGCGAUAAGCACUGUUUGGUUAUUUUAACGUUUUGAGCGCGACCAAGGGGGAAUAAAAACUACAUUUCCCAGGCUCAUUUAAUAAGGCGUUCAGGGUCCCCAUCAGUUGAAAUAUGACAGCUUUUCUCCAGUUUACGGAGUGUUUUGCAUAUGAACUUCAAAGAUGACAGAGGGAACGUGUUUGAGGAGAAGGGGAGGACCUUAUAAGACUGAGCCUGUGACAGAUCUCAUGCGCUGGAGGUUAAAUAAUGUGGAGGGCAGACAGACCUGGAGGUACAUCGAGGACGAAGACAGCAUGGACAGACAGCAAAGCAUGCUGGAAUCUCACUCACUGGGACUGGACACGAGUGAGUUUAUCUCGGCAUCUCCUGCUGCCCUUUCUGCAGUAGAGGCUGCACUGAAGGGAAUGGAUUUCUACAGUCGACUCCAAGCAGAAGAUGGACAUUGGGCUGGAGAUUAUGGAGGACCCCUUUUCUUACUUCCAGGUCUGCUCAUAACCUGCCAUGUUGCUAAGAUCUCACUCCCAGAAGCAUGGAAGCAGGAGAUGGUUCGAUACCUGCGAUCUGUGCAGCUGUCUGAUGGAGGCUGGGGACUGCACAUUGAGGAUAAGUCUACUGUUUUUGGAACGGCUUUGAGUUAUACCACAUUGAGAAUUCUGGGAGUUGGGCCGGAUGACCCAGAUAUGGUUCGGGCAAGAAAUAAUUUACACAGCAAAGGGGGUGCUGUUGGCAUACCUUCUUGGGGUAAAUUCUGGUUAGCCAUCCUCAACGUGUACAGCUGGGAAGGAAUGAAUACACUCUUUCCAGAGAUGUGGCUAUUCCCUACCUGGGUGCCAGCACAUCCCUCUACCUUGUGGUGCCAUUGUCGGCAAGUCUACCUUCCCAUGAGCUACUGCUAUGCUGUCAGGCUGUCUGCUGAUGAAGAUCCUCUGGUGCUCAGCUUAAGACAGGAGCUUUAUGUCCAGGAUUACUCCACUAUUAACUGGCCAGCUCAGAGGAAUAAUGUUGCAACCUGUGACUUGUACACACCACACAGCACCUUGCUUACUAUCGCUUAUUUGAUCCUGAAUGUGUAUGAAGCUCAUCACAGCACUACACUGAGAGAAAAAGCAGUGAAAGAGCUCUACGAUCACAUCAAAGCAGACGAUCGCUUCACUAAGUGUAUCAGCAUCGGCCCGAUCUCGAAAACAAUCAAUAUGUUGGUACGCUGGUAUGUGGAUGGACCCAUAUCACCUGCCUUCCAGGAGCAUGUGUCCAGGAUUCCAGAUUACUUAUGGCUGGGUCUGGAUGGUAUGAAAAUGCAGGGAACAAAUGGAUCACAGCUAUGGGACACUGCCUUUGCAGUGCAGGCAUUUCUUGAGGCUGGUGCCCAGGAUGUCCCCAGGUUUACAGAGUGCCUCAGACAAGCCCAUCAUUUCUUGGACCUCACUCAGAUCAAAGACAAUCCUUCGGAAUAUGAGAAAUAUUACAGACAAAUGAACAAGGGAGGUUUUCCCUUCAGCACACGUGACUGUGGUUGGAUAGUUGCAGACUGUACGGCAGAAGGGCUGAAAUCUGUGAUGUUAUUGCAAGAGCAAUGCAGUUUCCUUCAAGAAAAAGUUCCCACAGAAAGACUAUUUGAUGCUGUCAAUGUGCUUCUAAGCAUGAGAAAUCCUGAUGGAGGGUUUGCCACAUAUGAGACAAAACGUGGUGGUAAACUGCUGGAGCUGCUCAACCCAUCUGAAGUGUUUGGUGACAUAAUGAUUGACUACACAUAUGUUGAGUGCACAUCAGCUGUGAUGCAGGCACUGAAACACUUUCAUAUUGUAUAUCCUGAGCACAGAGCAGAGGAAAUUAGGUCAACUCUUCAAGAGGGGCUGGACUACUGCAAGAGGGUUCAAAGAUCUGAUGGAUCAUGGGAAGGAUCUUGGGGAGUCUGUUUCACAUAUUGCGUCUGGUUUGGUCUGGAAGCAUUUGCAUGUAUGGGCCACACUUUUAAGAAUGGGUCUGUUUGUAUGGAGGUGAAGUGUGCCUGUGACUUCCUGCUGUCUAAGCAGAUGGAGGAUGGAGGCUGGGGGGAGGACUUUGAGUCAUGUGAGCAGAGAUGCUAUGUUCAAAGCAAGAACUCCCAGAUCCACAACACCUGCUGGGCUUUGCUGGGGUUGAUGGCUGUCAGGUACCCUGACAUCAGAGUGAUCGAGCGGGGCAUUCAAGUUUUGAUUGACAGGCAGCUUCCCAAUGGAGACUGGCCACAAGAGAACAUUUCUGGAGUGUUCAAUAAAAGCUGUGCCAUCAGCUACACCUCUUAUAGGAAUGUAUUUCCUGUAUGGACACUGGGCCGCUUCUCACGGCUUUACCCUAGCAGCUCUCUAGCUGGGAAGCUCAAGCUGUGAAUCAGAUACUGCAUAUCUGACAUAACCUGAUCAAAGAAAAUUCUUCUUUGAAACAAACCUGUUUGCUGCUCUUUAGAAAGUAGGGCUGAUUUGUCGAAGUCUAUAGAAUAUUGCCUAUUUAAUUUUUUUUUUUUUCUUCAUUUAACCAAGGGACCAAGACUUUGCAUUCUGUAGAUGACUCUGUAAUUAAAUGUGUGUACUCGUCUAUGAAAUAAUUUGUAUGUUUUGGCUCAGUUUUGGAGUAAAAUUCUUUCUUUUUUUUUUUUGUUGUCUAUAAUUCGCCUAUAUGGUUUACAGUGAUUAAAAUCAGUUUGGUGAUCUACAAUCCAAACAAGCUCUUGAUUUUACUGACAACAAUAUGAAUAUUGUCAGGGUAGCUCCCCUUUCUUUGACAUUGUAAAAUGCAGAAUGCAUUACAUCUAGAAUGCACUACAAAUGCAGGCUCUGUUCAGAAAUAAAUACUAGGAUACUGCACCGUAUAUACUGCCUACUUUUUUUAAUAUAUUAUGUGAAACAGAAUGCAGAAAUAAACAUUUCAAACAGUAGCAUGCUACAUGGUUGUCACUAGUGAUGGGUCAAAUUUUGUAGUCAGGUACUCUAACCCACAAAAAAACAAGUUAUCGAUUAUUCAUAAAUUAAAUUGAAAGUUAAACUAUCAGGUAUGACAUAUAUGUAAAAUUAUAUUUAUAUCAUUUUGUUUUGUUCACAAACGUUACCAGCGGUUUCAAAAUAAGAUAGCUUAAACAAAUUUUGUUUUUUGGACAAAAUGAAAUGAACAAUAUGCAUUAAUUCAGUUCUCAUUACAUUUCAUUUAAAUUCUCAAUACAUAGUAACUGCGAGAUUUGUUAAGCGGUUCAGAGGGAAAGUACAGUAUAAUUCAGUGUUGCCUACAGCAGGAAAAUGCGCAUAGGAAAAUCAAUUUGCGAUAUUCCAGUAGCAUUUUCAAAAGUCGAUUGGUUGGUGCUGAAUGAGUACUCGUUUAAUCUAGUUGUCACAUGACUGGAGUGGUGUCCAGUGAUCAUCUUAGACAUUAAUUUGGUUAUAUUGCAUUUUCUGUCCAAUUUUGUGAACAAAUGACUGAAGUUUUGGCUGUCCCAUCAAAUAAUGAAUUAAAAUAAAAAGUUU